UUUUUUUGUUUGCCCAGCCAGAAUUCGCAUUCGUUGUUCCUGCCAUAGAGAGUCUUGUCUCAUUCCCUCAAUUCGUUCAGCAUGCAACUCUGUCACCUGCCGCUGAUAAUCCAACUCACUUGCUCGCUCGACUGAAUAAAUUAACCUACUGGCUGGGCUCACGUUACCUACAUCACCUCAACAACCCGGGUCGGGCGUAUUCCUCUCCUGCAUCUAUCCUCUGCUGCCAUUUUGCCAUUUAUGGGUCCCCGCCCCUCCCCUCUUUCGCUGCCAUCUUUCUGAAGCACCCAGCCCAGUCCCUGUCCCCGGCCCCUUAGCCCAGACUCGGAGGCGAAAGCAGCCCCGUCCCCUCGGUGCCCUCUUUCCCUCUUUCCCUAUUUACCUGGCCCCCUUUUUUAUUAUUAUCUACUGUUAUCUCUCUCCCCUCUGCCUCUCUGGCGCCGCCUUCUAUCUUCUCGGUCUUGUUCCUCGUCCUACCGGCUGGCUAAUAAGCCCGUCGCCUCUGCGCCUCAACCCCGUACCAAUUUGCCUCGUCACUCUCGUCUCCUGACCCGGGCUUCCAGGCUGCCAGGCUCGCCGUCCCCUCAUCCACUCACCGACGCAGGGCCAAGCGUACGAGAUUGCCACGAGCGGCAUUUCUUGAAACCCGUACUUCGAAACACAGAACUCACCACCGACACCACGCUGCAUUUUGCCACCUAUCCUCAUCAGUCGCAGCCGGCCGAUUCCCGGAGCCGACUGUUUACUUUCCGACUCGCUCCCCCCGUGCACCUGCACCUGCUCCUGCGCUACUUUUCGUGCAGCCGCAUCUCCGUCUUCAUCAGUUCCAAUCUCCGUCUCAGUGAUCUCAUUCCCGCCUGUUCUCUCCCUCUCUCCAUUGAUCCUUCCCGACAGACUGUGCCCUGUUGCAUGGGAACCAAGACGGCGCAUGCUUGUCUGUCGCCGAUCCACGGUCAUCGCCAUUUCGUUGCCCAACUGACCUCUUGGCCUGACUCAACUUUUCCUGGGAAACACCUCCUAUGCAGCAUUGAAACCGUCAUCUCCCUUAUGCCAGCAGCCCCACAGCGUAUUAUAGCAACUCCAACUACUCAAUCCCCUGUGCCGCCCGCAUUCCGUUCCGAGGCACGCUCGCGCGCCACCCAUGCUGCGCACCCGGCCUGUCCUCCCUCUCCCAAAACCUGCAGAGAGCCAUCAAUGCAUGAUUGACUGAGCCCUAUGCCCUACCACUCUUGGUCCCGACUUUCUUUACACGCCGAUCCGCUCCAGCGGGGGGUUGGGAACUUUGGGAUCAUCCACACCUACGACAUCUGAGGCGGUUCUUGCGGUGCUCGUACAGGUACCUUGUACCACGUACCUGGGGCACGCGACUCUACGCAACCCCCCAUGACCUCCACCCAAAUCGUCACCAUCAAAAUGUCCGACCACGAUGAUAACCACAUCAUCGAUCAUAACGGCGGUCUCGUCGCCGCCCUGCGUUCCGUGUGGUUCUACUAUAUAGCGUGCACACCAUGCAGGAAGGUCGGCCACCGUCGCGAGACCCGCAAGGAGGCAGCGCGAGAAAGGGGCCUGAAGGCGCGCUUGGAGAUGGAACAGCCCGGGCUCUACAGACACCCAAACCCCGAGAACACAAAUGAGUACUGGAUGGAGGACAUCAGGAUGGGCCCAAGCCUGCCCAAGAAGACCCCAAACGGCAAGAAUCAGAGCCAGGGAAAGAUGAACGGUGCCGGGCCUGCGGGUGCCGCCGUGGACGGAUCCCAGUUGGAACGAGGGCUCACCAACGGCAGCAGUGCAGCAUUCCAAGGCAACGACACCCCCGGAAGCCCUACCGUGGUAGCCGCAGACGACCUCGAGGCGAGAACGACGCUGUCCAUGUCCGUGGCAGACUCAGCGGACCUGGAGUGGAAUCACAAGAGAUACCAGAGAGAGGACGAGGAGCUGUGGGGCCACCAGAUGUACAACCGGGCCGGCCAACGACUUCGCGAGGUAAUAACAAAGGGUCGUGAUACGGCUGGCAGGCUGUUCGACACCAGGACCGGCCGCGAGCGCGAGAUUACCGAGGAGGAGCGACAACAGUUCUACGGCGAGUACUACGGCGCACCGAGGAACCCGCCCGUCAACGACUACCACCCACCAGUCGUCAGCAGCAGGCCCGCGCUGAAGGGAGAGUUCCGGUGGAUGCUGCAGCCGCCUCCACCGGCCAAGGUCAUGGAGGGCAAGGUGCCGGUGAGCAGGAGCGGGUCCAAGACAAGCGUCAACAGCCGCAGGACGCAGGCCUCGCUUGCCAGCAAGGAGGAGCUCGGGCUGGGCAAGGCGCUUGGGGAGAAGCUCGUCAAGGAUAAGAUCCGCAAGGGGGAGAAGCCCUCCGAGGCAGAGCUGACCGUCAUCACCGGGCCAAGGCCUAACAGCAGCCGUAGGACAAAGACGGCGUCUACGAUGAGCAGCAUCCCCAGCCAACGCUCCACCAGGAGCCGAAGCAACACUACGGGCUCUGAGUCUUCGGACACAAUCUACGAGCGCCGCAGGAAGAGGAGACUGGCCAAGCAGAAGGCCUCAGAGGAAGCUGGCUCAGAGGCCGACAAUGAGACCGACACCGAGGACCAGAGUCGACUUGAGCGACGCGCCUCGCAGAGGCCAAAGCUGCAAACCAUCGCCAGCUCCGACCUGGCCAGCAAGAAGUCCGACAACAGCGAGAACAUGCGCCCCUCCAAAUUGGCCCCGAUGAGCGAGCCAUCUUUGGCCCCGAGCCCCAUGUCUAAGGGCCCAUUGGAAGACAUCACCAACACCGCCAACCAAUCACCUGCGCCUGCCUCGCCCGUGGCAACCCCUCUGGCGGACAACAAGCCCGCCACCGCAUCUGCAGAUAGUGGGCUCGCAAUGGCUUAG